AUGUUCAAUCCAUCAUUAAAGUUCCAAGGACUCAAAGAUAAAAGAAGAAGUAAAAUAUGGCAGCUAUUUUGCGCUACGGAUUUUGCAUCGUUGAUGUAUCCUUGCUUCACUGUUUGCCGCAUUCUGGGAAUUUUUUCAUACAAGUUCAACGCUGCGAACAUCAAGACUUACAAACCAAGCUAUGUUGCAUCGAUUAUCAGUAUAUCCGUUUUUAGCAUUGUCUAUUCAAUAGAUCUCUAUGAAAAGAACGUUGAUGGAGAUAAUCCAUACGAAGACGCAGGGACACCAAGGGUACUCGAGUUUAACGCCUACUACAUUUUAAAUGGUUUUAUAAUAAUCACUACAUUUAUUUUGAGUGAACCACGAAUGCAUUGUCUUCAGAAUAUACUGGAGCUUUCGUUGAAAUUACCCUUGGAAUCAUAUCAGAAUUUGUCUAGAAUAAUCCAUGUCAAAGACAUUUUUCUUCUCCUCUAUCUACUUGUGGGGUCGUGUAGAGGCCUUUACGCGAUGCAAAUUAGCAUCGUUCGCAAGCUUCUUAUGCUGUACAUCAGUUUGUUCACGUUUCAAAUGGAUAUGCUAUAUAUAAAUUGUGUUUGUAUACUAAAAGCUUGUUUCAAACAAAUCAACGAUAAUCUAGUGAAUUUGCGAGAAGUUUUGAUAAAUGGUGAGCCAUAUCUCCUGAGCGGUGCCUCUCGUGAUAAAAAAAAUCCUUUCCUACUGACGGAAAUCACAGCUCAGAAAAAGCAGCAUUUGGCGAUCAGUGACGCUGUACGGAUGCUGAAAAUGGUCUUCAGUUUGCAACUUGUUUCUACGAUAAUGAUGGUUUUCACUCAUUUCACUUUCAAUAUGUACUUUUGCUUCGUAACGCUAAUACAAAGGAGUGUGCCCCUGACCAUUGUAGAAAAACAAAUGCUUUUCGAGUACUUUAUUACAUUUAUGAUGUUGUACGUUAUCAAAAUAGUGUUGAUAGUAUGGGCAUGCGAAACCUGCAAGAAUCAAGCAACAGGGAUCACCAGCACCAUUUACGACGUGGCCAACAGUACCAACAAUAAGCAAAUAAAAUACGAGGUAGGUUGA